UGACUCAGCCGCUCGAGCCAAAGCGGGGCUCGCCUGGGCGCUGCAGCGGCUCGGCAGGGACGGCUUCUGCAGCCUGAUUUGCUGGGCGGCUGCCAGCCCUGCCAUCUCCUCCUCUCUGCAGGCAGCUCGCAGGCUGCUCUGCCCUAUUCUCCAUCAUCCUCCGCGUCUCCAGGGACAAUAUGACCUGCCGGAGGAGGAGAAGGACACGGGGCUGAAUCUGACUCAGAGCGGAGGAGACGGUGAUGCGGGCAGAGGAUGCUGUGGGGAAGGAUGGAGAUGUUCAGGACCUCACAUCCUAGGAACAGAAGAGAAGAGGCCAAGCAGAGCAAGACACAGCAGCCAUGGCCAUGCGUGGCCGGAGCAGCAAGGUUCUCCCCUCCGAACUGAACAAGGUGUGCCCUGAGAAAGGAGACAACCCCGCCGCUUACCCCAGGAAGAUGAGCGACUUUGAGGUGGUCCCCAACCUCCAGCAGAGCAGCAGCAGUGUCUGCAAGAGCAGGCGAAAGGCGCAUUUCCCCACCGGGAGCAAUGAAAAGGAAAAUCUCAUCUCGUGGAUUCCUGAAAACAUCCAGAAGAAAGAGUGCACCUACUUCGUUGAAAGCUCCCAGACAUCAGAUUCUGGGAGGAUUGUGUGCGAGUGUGGCUAUCUCAGGGAACAGCACCUGGAAGAUGCUGCCAAACCUCCCAUCUUCCUGGGGAAGGAAUGGGACCCCAGCAGACACGUCCAGGAAAUGCCAACAGAUGCCUUUGGUGACAUCCACUUCACGGGCCUGGGACAGAAGACGGGAAAGUAUGUGCGCGUCUCCUCGGAUACCCCUCCACGGGUCAUCUACCACCUCAUGACACAGCACUGGGGCCUCGAUGCACCCAACCUGCUCAUCUCAGUCACCGGGGGAGCCAAAAACUUCGUCAUGAAGCCAAGACUGAAGAACAUCUUCCGGCAAGGGCUGGUCAAAGUGGCCCAGACCACUGGGGCCUGGAUCAUCACGGGGGGGUCCCACGCUGGUGUGAUGAAACAGGUGGGAGAGGCGGUGCGAGACUUCAUCCUGAGCUGCAGCCACAAGGAGGGCGACAUUGUCACCAUUGGCAUAGCCACCUGGGGAACCGUGUACAACCGGGAGAGCCUCAUCUGCCCCAUGGGUGGCUUUCCAGCUGAGUACAUGCUGGAUGAGGAGAACCAGGGCAGUCUGUCAUGCCUGGAUAGCAACCACUCCCACUUCAUCCUGGUGGACGAUGGGACCCACGGGAGGUAUGGGGUGGAAAUCCCCCUGAGGACCAGACUGGAGAAGUUCAUUUCAGAGCAGACCAAGGUGAAAGGAGGCGUCGCCAUCAAGAUCCCCAUCGUGUGCGUGGUGCUGGAAGGAGGUCCUGGGACACUUGACACCAUCUACAAUGCCAUCACUAAUGGGACCCCCUGUGUGAUUGUGGAAGGGUCUGGGCGUGUGGCUGAUGUCAUCUCAGAGGUGGCCAACCUGCCUGUGCCCAAGAUCACCAUUGCCUUGAUCCGAAAGAAGCUGAGUGUGCUCUUCCACGACACCUAUGAGCUCUUCACUGAGGGCAAGCUGGUGGAGUGGACCAAGAAGAUCCAAGACAUAGUGCGGAGCCGGCAGCUCCUGACCAUUUUCAGAGAGGGCAAAUACGGCCAGCAGGACGUGGAUGUGGCGAUCCUCCAGGCCCUGUUGAAAGCAUCCCGAAACCAGGACCACUUUGGUCAUGAGAACUGGGACCAUCAGCUGAAGUUAGCCGUGGCCUGGAACAGGGUGGACAUUGCUCGGAGUGAGAUCUUCACAGACGACCACGAGUGGAAGCCCACAGAUCUCCACCCAGUGAUGGCAGCUGCCCUGAUCUCCAACAAGCCAGAGUUUGUGAAGCUGUUCCUGGAGCAGGGAGUGCGUCUCAAGGAGUUUGUCACCUGGGACACCCUGGUUUACCUCUACGACAACAUGGCACCAUCCUGCCUAUUCCACAGCAAGCUGCAGAAGGUGCUGCUGGAGGAGAAAGAGCGCACAGCUGGCUCCAAAAUGCCAAGAAUCCAACUGCACCACGUCUCCCAGGUGCUGCGGGAGCUCCUGGGCUGCUCCACGCAGCCUCUCUACCCCAAGCCCAAGCACACGGAGCGGCCCCGGCUCUCCAUCCCCGUCCCGCACAUCAAGCUGAAUGUGCAGAGCUCAAGUCUCCGGUCCCUCUACAAACGCUCUGCUGGCCGAGCCACCUUCACCAUGGACCCAGUGCGGGACCUGCUGAUCUGGGCUGUGGUCCAGAACCGCAAGGAGCUGGCAGAGAUCAUCUGGGCCCAGAGCCAGGACUGCAUGGCAUCUGCGCUGGCCUGCAGCAAAAUCCUGAAGGAGCUCGCCAAGGAGGAGGAGGACACUGACACCACUGAUGACAUGCUGGCCCUGGCUGAGCAGUACGAGCACAAGGCCAUCGAUCCUGCUGCAAAGGGUGAUGCUGUAGGCACCUUGCUGAGCAUCAAACUGUCCCUGGAGCUCAGCGUUGUCCCCCUGGUCCCUGCCUGGCCAGGCGUGUUCACAGACUGCUACCGCAAGGAUGAAGAGAGAGCCCAGAAGCUCCUCACCCGUGUCUCUGAGGCCUGGGGGAAGACAACCUGUCUACAGUUGGCAUUGGAGGCCAAGAACAUGAAUUUUGUGUCCCAUGGGGGUGUUCAGGCCUUUUUAACCAAAGUCUGGUGGGGGAAGAUGUGUGUAGACAACGGGCUUUGGAGGGUGAUCGCCUGCAUGCUGUUCUUCCCACUGCUCUACACCAGCUUCAUCACCUUCAGGGAGAAGAGGCUGCAGCCCAUGGGCUGCCUGACGCGCCUCCGAGCCUUCUUCACAGCGCCUGUCGUCAUCUUCCUCAUGAACAUCCUCUCUUACUUCACCUUCCUCCUGCUCUUUGCCUACGUCCUGAUGGUUGACUUCCAGCCCUUGCCGUCCUGGCGGGAGUAUCUCAUCUACUUCUGGCUCUUCUCCCUGGUGUGCGAGGAGACCCGGCAGCUGUUGUAUGAUCCGGAUGGGCUUGGGGUUGUGAAAAUGGCUUCCCUGUACUUCAAGGACUUCUGGAAUAAGCUGGAUAUCUGCGCCAUCCUAGCCUUCCUCACAGGGCUGACUUGCAGGCUCAUCCCAUCAACUUUUUAUCCUGGGCGUAUCAUACUGUCCCUGGCUUUUAUAAUUUUCUGCCUGCGUCUGAUGCACAUUUUCACAGUCAGUAGAACGCUGGGACCCAAGAUCAUCAUUGUGAAGCGCAUGAUGAAGGAUGUCUUCUUCUUCCUCUUCCUGCUGGCAGUGUGGGUGGUGUCCUUUGGGGUUGCAAAGCAGGCCAUCCUGAUCCACAACGAGGAACGUGUGGAGUGGCUUUUCCGUGGUGUGGUCUACCACUCCUACCUGACCAUCUUCGGGCAAAUUCCUUCCUACAUUGACGGGGUCAACUUCAACAUUGACCAGUGCAGCCCCAACGGCACUGACCCCUACAAGCCCAAGUGCCCAGAGACAAAUGAGGACAACAAGAAACCCAUCUUCCCAGAGUGGCUGACAGUCAUCUUACUGUGCCUGUACCUGCUCUUCACCAACAUACUCCUCCUCAACCUCCUCAUCGCCAUGUUCAACUACACCUUCCAGCAGGUCCAGGAGCACACAGACCAGAUCUGGAAGUUCCAGCGGCAUGACCUGAUCGAGGAGUACCACGGCCGCCCUCCCGCGCCUCCACCCUUCAUCCUCCUCAACCACCUGCAGAUCCUGGUCCGCCGAGGUUUGCUCCGCAGGCCGGCCACGCACCACAAACAGCUCAAAGAGAAGCUGGAGAAGAAUGAAGAAGCUGCCCUCCUCUCUUGGGAGAUGUACCUGAAAGAGAACUACCUGCAGCACCAGCAGUGCCAGGAGAAGCAGAACACAGAGCAGAAGAUCCGAGAUAUCGCACAGAGGGUUGACGUACUGGCAGAGCUGUUGGACUUGGACCGGGUGAAGAGGACAGGGCUGGUGGAGCAAAGACUGGUCUCUCUAGAAGAGCAGGUGCACCAGAGUGCCCAGGCCCUGAGGUGGAUAACACAGGCGCUGCAGGACAAUGGCUUUGGCUCUGGCAAGGACGUGCCACUCAUGGGCUCCAGCAAAACCUCGGAGAUGAAGGAGGUUCAGCUGGAGGGGAAAGCCGAGGAGAGCCAGCCCCCCCACCACGUGCUUGCCCGAAACCUCCUGUACCCAGGGUCUCACACCCUCCGCUUCCCCGUGCCGGAUGAGAAGGUGCCCUGGGAGGUGGACUUCCCGCUCUAUGACCCUCCGGUCUACUCGGCCGAGCACAAGGACAUGGCUGUGCAAGAUCCCUUCAGCCCCUCCUUGGAGUCUCUUCUGAAGAUCAACUACAACACCAUGGAUGGGCUGAUCGACCGGCAAAGCUUCCACGGCCUCUACACCGUACAGGACGGGCUGCCGCUGAACCCCAUGGGCAGGACGGGGCUGCGAGGCCGUGGGAGGCUGCACUGCUUUGGGCCCAACCAUGCCCUGCACCCCAUUGUGACCCGCUGGAGGAGGAAUUCGGAUGGGUCCAUUAUAAGGAAGAGCCUGAAGAAGAUGCUGGAAGUCCUAGUAGCCCAGUAUCCGCUGUCAGACGUCUGGGCUCUUCCCGGGGGGUCACUGGAGCCAGGCGAGACGCUGCCACUGAAGCUCAAGUGGAUCCUGCGCCGGGAGUUCUGGCCCCAGUUCCAGAACUUGCUGAAACAAGGCACCGAGAUACACAAGGGGUACCUCGACGACCCCCGCAACACAGAUAAUGCCUGGGUGGAGACGGUCGCUGUCAGCGUGCACUUUGACAACCAGAACGAUGUGGAGAUGAAGCGGCUGAAUUCGUUCCUCCAGGGCUGUGAUCCAGAGCUGUGCAUCCGCUGGCAGGUGCUGGACAAGAGGAUCCCCCUGCAUGCCAACCACAAGGAGCUCCUGCACAAGGUCUCAACCCUCCUUGGAGCCUACUACUGAGUCCUCAAGCACAGGCCAGGGCUCUUGCUGCCCCAGACCAGGUUCUGGUUGGGACUUGAAGCUCUGUUUGUGAGACCAUGGGCAGCUGCAGGAUAUUAGGUACUUCGGUUGCCUCUGUGAAUGUAUGUUGCAGGUGUCUGGGAGUAAAACCAUCCCUUCCCCAGCAGCCGGGGCAGGGGCUGCCUGAGUAGUGCCUACACAGCAUCCCGGUCACCUGAGCCACCAAGCUCAGCCCCAGCUUGUCUCUCGGUGCUUCCACACCAACCAGAGCACCAGCCUGGGGCUGAGGCCAAGCAGAGCCUCAAGGCUGUUCCUACAGGGUGUUCCUUCUCUCAGCUCCCACCUGCUCUUUGCUUGGCUGUGGGACUUGCCAGCCCCAGCUCCUCCACCCAGGACAUCCCCUGGGCACCUAUGCUCCACAGCUCGGUGCCCCGGCAGCUCUCCUGCCCCAGCUCCCAGGGGAUUGCCCUGGAGAAGCCCUGGGCUCUUGUGCACCUAAAGCUCCUGACUGCCCGCGAGUCGCUGCCGUGGCAGCUGUCCCUGUAUCUCUGGUGGACUCAGACCCAACAACAUGGUCCUGAGCUGUGAGCCAGCACUUCUGAAGCUGCAAGCAGCUCUUGGCUUAUAUACCUAUGACUUCAUAGCUCCAUAUAGGUCCAGCCCCCAUGUCCCAUACUGUUACGUGAUCCUGCAUGUGUAUGCUGAGCACCAUCAUGUAGCUGAACUCCUUCUCUCUGAGCUGAGGCACCAGCUAAAAGUCACCUGCCUGUCCCCAUCCCCUUGUGCACAAGGGGCAGCUUACUGGGAGCCAGGUGAUCCAUGCUCUGUGGCCCCUUGAGCAGGUAGGGAAGGAAGAAAGUAGUGUGUCCACCUCAGACAUCUCCACUCUCAAGGGGUCCUGCACUCACCCUUUCUGUCGCCUGCCAUGGAGAGAACAAGGCACAGUGGAGACAUUUCUCGAUAGCUCAGAACAGCCCCACAGUGGCCUGUUGUGCCUGGGACUGCUCAGAGAGGGAUUUGAGUCCCUCCCAACAGCUGGUGUUCCUGCACUGGUGACCACCACAGCACAGCUGCAGUUUCACCACUGGUGCACUGGGGCUUGGCAAGGUGGGGGAGGUCAGACUGACUAUUUAGUUCACCCAACUCAAUAAACCAUGUAUUAAAUAACUAAA